UCGGUGCGUCCGUGUGUCCGUCUGUCCGGCUGUCGGUCCGCCCGCCCGCCCGCCGCCCCCAUGCUCCGCGCUUAGCGCUGCCGGCCCCAGCCAUGUCCACCGUGCAGCUCUACACCAAGUACACUAGGGUUUGGAUUCCUGACCCUGAUGAAGUUUGGAGAUCGGCAGAAAUUGUCAAGGAUUACAAAGAGGGAGAUAAAAGCCUCCAGCUGAAACUUGAAGAUGAAACUCUCUACGAAUAUCGUCUUGACCUCCAAGGAAAUGAGCUGCCUCUCCUAUGCAACCCAGAUAUCCUGGUCAGAGAGAAUGACCUGACAGCCCUCAGCUACCUGCACGAGCCUGCAGUCCUGCACAACCUCAAAGUCAGGUUCCUGGAGAGCAACUUUGUCUACACAUACUGCGGUAUCGUGCUUGUGGCCAUCAACCCAUACGAGGAGCUGCCAAUCUAUGAAGAAGAUGCCAUCUAUGCAUACAGUGGCCAAAACAUGGGGGACAUGGAUCCCCAUAUCUUCGCAGUGGCCGAGGAAGCCUACAAGCAGAUGGCCAGGGAUGAGAAGAACCAGUCCAUCAUUGUGAGCGGGGAGUCGGGCGCUGGGAAGACGGUCUCUGCCAAAUACGCCAUGCGCUUCUUCACCACCGUCGGGGGCUCUGCCAGCAAGACUAACAUCGAGGCCAAAGUCCUCGCAUCGAACCCAAUUAUGGAGGCCAUUGGAAAUGCUAGAACAACAAGGAAUGACAACAGCAGUCGAUUUGGGAAAUACAUUGAGAUUGGUUUUGAUAAAAGAUACCACAUCAUUGGUGCCAACAUGAGGACAUAUCUGUUGGAAAAAUCUCGGGUUGUAUUUCAGGCAGAGCAUGAGCGCAACUACCACAUCUUCUAUCAGCUCUGUGCCUCCUCAAGCCUUCCGGAAUUCAAAGAUCUCGGACUCACCUGUGCAGAAGACUUUUUCUACAUUUCUCAAGGAGGUGACACGUCCAUCAGUGGUGUGGAUGAUGCUGAUGACUUUGAGAAAACGAGGCAUGCCUUCACCCUGCUUGGAGUGAAGGAGUCUCAUCAGAUGACCAUUUUUAGGAUAAUUGCGGCCAUUCUGCACCUUGGGAACUUGGAAAUCCAAGUGGAACGAGGAAGUGAAGCCUGUAGUCUGUCGAGCGAGGACGAGCACUUGAAGAACUUCUGUGGCUUGCUGGGCGUGGAGCUCAGCCAGAUGCAGCACUGGCUUUGCAACCGCAAGCUCGUCACCACGGCUGAGACCUACGUCAAGAACAUGUCCCUGCACCAGGUGGUGAACGCCAGGAACGCCCUGGCCAAGCACAUCUACGCCCAGCUCUUCAACUGGAUCGUGCAGCACAUCAACAAGGCCCUGCACACCACUGUCAAGCAGCACUCCUUCAUCGGCGUGCUCGAUAUCUAUGGGUUUGAAACGUUUGAAGUGAAUAGCUUUGAACAGUUCUGUAUCAACUACGCCAACGAAAAGCUCCAGCAGCAGUUCAACUUGCACGUGUUUAAACUGGAACAAGAAGAGUACAUGAAGGAGGGAAUCCCUUGGACUCUCAUAGAUUUCUAUGAUAACCAGCCCUGCAUAGACCUUAUAGAGGCCAAACUUGGGAUCCUGGACCUGCUGGAUGAAGAGUGCAAGGUUCCCAGGGGCACUGACCAGAACUGGGCACAGAAGCUGUACGACCGCCACGGCUCCAGCCAGCACUUCCAGAAACCCCGCAUGUCCAACACCUCCUUCAUCAUCCUGCACUUCGCUGAUAAGGUGGAAUACCAGAGUGAGGGAUUUCUGGAGAAGAACAGGGACACCGUGUAUGAGGAGCAGAUCAGCAUCCUGAAAGCCAGCAAGUAUCCAAUGGUGGCAGACUUAUUCCACGAAGAGAAGGGUGCUGUGCCCGUCACUCCUGUGGGAAAGGGAACAUCCAAAAUCAGUGUCCGUUCUGCCAGGCCAGCCAUCAAAGCUGCCAACAAGGAGCACAAGAAAACAGUGGGACACCAGUUCCGCAAUUCGCUGCAUUUGCUGAUGGAGACCCUGAAUGCCACCACCCCACACUACGUGCGCUGCAUCAAACCCAACGACGAGAAGCUGCCCUUUAAAUUUGAUCCCAAGAGGGCAGUGCAGCAGCUGAGAGCCUGCGGAGUGCUGGAGACCGUCCGGAUCAGUGCAGCUGGAUUCCCAUCCAGGUGGUCCUACCACGACUUUUUAAAGAGGUAUCGUGUGCUUAUGAAGAAGACAGACCUCGGUAAGAACGACAAGAAGCAGAUCUGUAAGACCCUGUUGGAAGACCUCAUUAAGGAUCCAGACAAGUUCCAGUUUGGACAUACCAAGAUCUUCUUCCGCGCAGGCCAGGUGGCGUACCUGGAGAAACUGCGGGCAGACAAGUUCAGAGCUGCCAUCAUCAUGAUUGAGAAGACGGUGCGGGGGUGGCUGCAGAGGGUCAAGUACCAGAGGCUGAGACAAGCCACAGUCGUCCUCCAGCGCUACACACGCGGGCACCUGGCACGGAGGCUUGCUGAGCACCUGAGAAGGGCGAGAGCUGCCAUCAUCUUGCAGAAGCAGUUCCGAAUGCUGCGGAUCCGCCGAGCUUUCCAGAGGGUCCGCAACUCCACCAUCACCAUCCAGGCUUUUGCUCGGGGAAUGUUCGCCAGGAGGACUUACCACCAGAUCCUGGCGGAGCACAAAGCCACCAUCCUGCAGAAAUAUGCCCGGGGCUGGCUGGCCCGCACACGCUUCCACAGGGUGCAGGCUGCCACCAUCGUCCUGCAGUGCUACUACCGGCGCAUGAAGGCCAGGCAGCAGCUGAAGGCACUCAGGAUCGAGGCCCGCUCAGCUCAGCACCUGAAGAAGCUCAACGUUGGCAUGGAGAACAAGGUGGUCCAGCUCCAAAGGAAGAUCGAUGAGCAGAACAAGGAAUACAAACUCCUGAACGAGCAGCUCUCCACGCUGACGUCAGCCCACUCCUCCGAGGUGGAGAAGCUGAAGAAGGAGUUGCUGCAGUACCAGCAGAGCCAGCGGGGUGAUGGCAACCAGCUUCUCAGCCUGCAGGAGGAGAUGGAGCACCUCAGGCUGGAGCUGGAGAGGGCUCAUGGGGAGAGGAAGGUGGUGGAGGACAGCUACAUGCAGGAGAAAGACCUGCUGAGAAAGCGUAUCUCCGAUUUGGAAGAAGAAAACGCUCUCCUGAAGCAGGAAAAAGAGGAGCUUAACAGCAGGAUUCUCUGUCAGUCUGAAGAUGAAUUUGCUCGAAAUGCAGUUGAGGAAAAUAUCCAGAUGAAGAAAGAGCUGGAAGAAGAGAGGUCUCGUUAUCAGAACCUGGUAAAAGAGUAUUCAAGUCUGGAGCAGAGAUAUGACAACUUGAGGGAUGAAAUGACGAUUAUAAAGCAGGCACCGGGGCACAGAAGAAACCCAUCCAACCAAAGCAGUCUGGAGUCUGAUUCCAAUAAUCCAUCCAUAUCCUCCUCUGACAUAGGAGACACCGACGAUGUGAUUCAGCAAGUGGAGGAGAUUGGGAUGGAAAAAGCAGCCAUGGACAUGACCCUCUUCCUAAAGCUGCAGAAGAGAGUGAGGGAGCUCGAGCUGGCGAGGAAGAAGCUGCAAACCCAGCUGGAGAAGAAGGAGCAAGAGAGCAAGAAAUCCCAGGUUAUUGAAACAAACACCAUGACUUCAGAACAGGAAGAUUUUGCAUACAACAGCCUGAAGAGGCAAGAGCUGGAGUCGGAGAACAAGAAGCUGAAAAAUGAACUCAACGAGCUGAGGAAGGCUAUUGCAGACCGAGCGACCCAGAACAACUCGUCCAACGAUGUCCAGGACAGUUACAACCUCUUGCUGAACCACCUGAAAGCGGCCAACGAGGAACUGGAAGUGCGGAAGGAAGAGGUGCUCAUCCUGAGGUCACAGAUCAUGAAGGCAGCCCAGCAAAAAGAGAUGGGGAAAAACAUGCUAAAGGAGAGGGAGAGCAUCCCCAGCAAUGCCAGCUGGCCCAACAGUGACAGGCACGUUGACCAGGAGGACGCGAUCGAAGCCUACCAGGGGAUGUGUGAGACCAACCGCAAGACUGAGGACUGGGGGUAUCUCAAUGAAGAUGGAGAGCUCGGCUUGGCUUAUCAAGGUUUAAAGCAAGUUGCCAGGACCUGUUGUCUUCUCUGGGAGCAGCUGAAGCAAGAAAUUACUCAGCAAGAAAUUACACGUCUCACCAAUGAAAACCUGGACCUGAAAGAAUUGGUAGAAAAGUUGGAAAAGAAUGAAAAGAAGCUGAAGAAACAGCUGAAGAUUUACAUGAAGAAGGUCCAAGAUUUUGAAGCAUCCCAAACCACGCUGCCAGCAGACAGGAGGCCACACGACAGUAACAUGCAAGUUGCUGUCCAGAGGAAGGAGAAAGAUUUUCAGGGCAUGUUGGAGUAUUACAAAGAAGAUGAGCCACUCCUCAUCCGAAACCUCAUUACAGAUCUCAAGCCCCAGGCAGUGUCUGCUACUGUUCCCUGCCUUCCUGCCUACAUCCUCUUCAUGUGCCUCAGACAUGCAGAUUACAUCAAUGAUGACCAGAAGGUGCACUCCUUGCUUACUUCCACCAUCAAUGGCAUUAAGAAAGUGCUGAAGAAACACCACGAUGACUUUGAGAUGACGUCGUUUUGGCUGGCGAACGUGUGUCGCCUCCUACACUGCCUGAAGCAGUACAGUGGAGAUGAGGGUUUCAUGACACAAAACACGCCGAAGCAGAACGAGCACUGUCUGAAGAACUUUGACCUGACCGAGUACCGCCAGGUGCUGAGCCACCUCUCCAUCCAGAUCUACCAGCAGCUCAUUAACAUAGCACAGGGCAUCCUCCAGCCCAUGACCGUGUCUGCAGUGUUGGAAAAUGAGAGUAUCCAAGGGCUUUCUGGUGUCCAGCCAAUGGGCUACAGGAAAUACAUCUCCAACUCACCAGAAGCUGACACAUCCUACAGCCUGGACAACAUGAUCCGCCAGCUGAACACAUUCCACAGCAUCAUGUGUGACCAGGGUCUGGACCCAGAGAUCGUCCAGCAGGUGUUCAAGCAGAUCUUCUACAUGAUCAAUGCAGUCACCCUGAACAACCUCCUGCUGAGGAAGGAUGUCUGCUCGUGGAGCACGGGCAUGCAACUGAGGUUUAACAUAAGCCAGCUGGAGGAAUGGCUGCAUGGGAAGAAUCUGCAGCAGAGUGGAGCAGCACAAACUUUGGUGCCCUUGAUUCAGGCAGCACAGCUUCUGCAGCUGAAGAAGAAAACCUCGGAGGACGCUGAGGCCAUCUGUUCCCUGUGCACAUCACUCACGACCCAGCAGAUCGUAAAGAUACUUAAUCUCUACACUCCUGUGAACGAGUUUGAAGAACGUGUGACAGUAGCUUUCAUACGAAACAUACAGAUGCACUUGCAGGAACGGAAUGACCCUCCACAGCUGCUGUUAGACUUCAAGCACGUGUUCCCAGUUUCGUUCCCGUUCAACCCAUCCUCCAUCACCAUGGACUCUAUUCAUCUCCCUGCUUCUCUCAACUUGGAUUUUCUCAAUAAAGUCUGAAGAAAGUAGAAUUAAGCUCACCUCUCAUACCCAGAGACCUCCAGCAAUGAAAGAAAAAAUCAUUAAAGGAAUUUAGGGAGCUCUUUAAAUAUGGACCAAACAGGCUUGUGGAAGAACCAGUGCACAGUAAUAUACGGAUGUUGAAAUGUAGAGUAAAAAGAGGGACUGGUCCAUAUGUUUUUGGGUUGGUGGUUGGUUUUUUUGUUGGGUUUUUUUUUUUUUUGUAAUUUGUGGCUCAGAAAUAAGGAUACUUGAAAAGUAGAUUUAUUUUUUACUGCUUGAUUUGAUGUUGACAUAGUUCAAAACCCAUAGUCAUCUCCAAACGCCACUAACAAAAAGGAACAGGAAGUGGGAGACAGCAACGGCCUGGGAUGCUGCUUGUUCCCACUGAUGUGGAAUUUGUCACAAAUUCUAUGUUUGAGAAGUGCUGUUGUUCCCCCUAACUACAUCCAGUGCUUCUGCUUCAUGGGAAUUUAAAUAAAUUGGCAGCGUGGACUUUCCUCCAUUACCAAAUUUACAUUAGCAAAGGUUUUGUCGUAGCGAGAUAACCAUGAUACAAGAAACUGCCUUAAGCCUUCUGCUUGUAGAAUAGCAUCAUCCUGAUCCCUACUGCUGGCUUUCCCUGUGCUCGUAAGUGUCAAAAGCUUUCAUCCAGUGGCUAUCAAGGUUCUUGGAACUCUCACACGGCGUGUAUCAGAAUCUCAUGCAUAGAUCACGCUAAGGCAGCCCAGUUUAAUUACAGGGUCCCCAGCACUAAUUAGUUCCGUGUGUAAGUCCUAGCUGUAGCUGUCUGUGGAGAAACUCUGUGUUCAUGCCAGUAGCCCCCCCAAAAUGCUACCAGUUGUGCAUAUACAGGGCUUAGAGAAAUGAAGAGAAUACUUAAAAAAAAAAAAAAAGGGUUAAAAAAAAAAGAAGUGAAAUGUUCUAACACAAAAAAAGUUGUCAGAUGGUGUGUUGGUAAUGUGAGCCAUUUCUUUAAGAAUGAACACGAACUCUUUGUCUACAACGACCUUAAAUAAAUAACUGCAAUCAGUGCAGCCUCUGUUAGGAUUUUUUUUACUAAAUUUAUUAGCUUCAGUUUAGAAACAAACCAACCUUCUGGCCUCACCACACUGAUGUUGGAGAGCACCAGCUGCUCACAAAGACAGUCACUGUUUUUUCUUGGUACUUCCACAACACAUUGAAUUUUCAGUGGCUGCCGAGCAGGGAGAGAGGUGGGUUCCCAUGGUUGAGUGGUGCUGCUCAGAGUGGUGAUGCUCCUGCCACAGCACAGUGUGCCAAAUUGCAACCAGGAUGUUUGGCGACCAGCAUUCUGCCCUUUCCACUUCCACAAGGAUCUUGUCUAAAUAGAUCUUAACCUACCUGCUUUUGUGGUCCUGGUUUCUUUUGUGGCCCGCAAUUUCACGAUGGUUAAAAAGCUUUCAAAGAAAAACCCAAUCUCUCCAUCUGACUACUUUUAUUUGGUGUAAAUCGUAUCCAAACACUGCUACACUGUCUGCUCAGAGGUUUAAAGAAGAAUGUGAAGUGUCUUGAAGGUACACUAACUCCUGUCUGCUGCAAUUAACCCUUUUAGGCUAAAAGUGUGUUUUGAUUUAAACAUCAUGUAUAUAAUCUAUGUAUAUACAAACUGUAAUAGUCCUGUAUGUACUAGAUAGCUGUAUAUAGUACACUUUUAAAGGAAAGCACAUUUUUAAAGGAAAAGCUGAGUGCUGUGAAGAAUUGUAUUGGUCUAUGCCAGUGGAUAAAUACCUUGUUUCAAAUGGAGACUGGUUUAGACCGGCUGUUACCACUGAAGGACAGACUUAAGGCUAAGAAAAUAUUUUUUUCCCCCAUAACCAUCACCCAGCUAAUCACAGAAGAUGUUUUGCUUGUAUAGAGCCAGCACUACCUCCAAACUACAGUCCUUGAGCACUCACAUCUGCUGUGUAUUCAGUAGUGCCUUCAUCUCCCCUUUAUAUUCAAUGAGGGUAGUGCCACCAGUUUGCUGUCUGUGCCCAGCAAGCCCACACUCCUGUCACCCACUCAUCUACACCACCUUUAUUUAUUUGUACCUACCUCUUUUCACAGUGAAUGUCUUUGCAGUGCUCUGAAUUUUUUUUAAUUGUCUCCCAUCCCUUCCUUCCAAACUCUAGUAGUCAUCACGGUUGAAGAACAGGUAAUUCGAAGUGGAAUUCACCCUUUCUGUAAGGUGGUUUUAACACAGAGCUAUUGCUCAGGAUUCAUAGUAGGUCAGCAGUUUCCUCUCAGGCACCUCAGGUCUCUACCUCUCACUGAAGUAAAUUAUUUGCAGUACAAUUCCCAUGAGAUUGAUAAAACUAAUGCUUAUCACUCAGACUAAUGACAGGUUGCUGCAGAAUCCUCUUCUGCAACAAUUUUGUUCCUGAUCACAAUUAUAAAAUGGGCUUAAUGGUCUUCUAGGGGAUAAUGGUCCUUCCACGUUCAGGAUCAUAAUUUAUAUGUACUUUCUUAAAAACUCUUGGUAUGUAUAGAUGGGAACUGGGAUUUAACGUCUUGAUCUGUGAUCAUGUAGUUUAUCCAGUAAGAUCCAUCUGAAAGAGGACACUGUAUGAAAUAUCUUUAAUAUAUGUUAUCUUUUCUGUUAGAAAUUUUUAAAAUUUGUAUUUAAAUGUUAGUUAAAUUGCUAUGUUUGGGCAUGCCUUUCCUCAGAUUAGCACUUCUUUAUUUAAAAAGCUAAUAGAACACAAAGCAUGGCUUUGAGAACGCUGGCUCUUCUCCAGAUCUGUCUUUAUUUUUAAAUAUUGAUUAUUCAGUUGAGUGUUUUCCCACUCUGUGCCUUUAGCUCAACCACUGUUUCUCUGAAAAAAGCAUUAAAAGAGGGGAAUAUUUUUAUUAUUUGGUCAUAGAAAAAGUUGUCUGUGGAUUUAAAACCCUUCUUAUAAAAUCUUACUUUGACAAGGUCUGCAAAAACACUUUGAAUUUCCCAGGAAAAAAAACAAUACUGACCCAUGCUGACUGUUGCAUGUAUGACAUAGCUCAGAAAAGCACUAUUGGGAACAAAAUAAGAUAAAUGUUCUAAAACCCCCAAAUCACAUAAAUCAGCAGCAUUUCAAACCCAACACUUCAAACAUGAGUUCAGGCAUGUGCUGGCUGACCUACAAGAAACAUCCAGGACAAUGUCCGUGUUUCAUUUUCACCAGAAACUUCCUUUGCUAUUUUUCUUUUCCUUUUAUUGGCAUUUUGUAGCUGAGGUUGCUUAUCUUGUCUGGUAAAGCUGCUGUAGAACAUUGGACCUUAAGACUGAUUUGAUCCAAUCCUACAUCACUAUCAUUUUUUGCUCAUGCAAUUUAUCCCACUGGAUCUAAAAGAAUUUCUUUGUAGGAGCGAAACAGUAACAAAAUGUGGGCAUGUUUUAAGCAGAGUUGCUGCCUUUAAUCAUCCUGCAGCUUGCUCACUGAAAUCUUUGUCAGACCUGACCUUUUAUUUGCGUGAUUUGCAAAAGAUACAGAUGAAACAGCUGCACUUGAAACAACAGGUUGUUUUCCUCCCUUUUCAAUGGUAAAUGCAUAAAAUUGUUCGAACUUAUUCUUUCAGACCAUUAACUGAAAAAUUAGCAUUUUAUCAUUGCAUAUAAAUAGAACCUGGUUAAAAUAAAUUGCAUGAACACCCAUGAACCUUUUUCCUCUGACUUUGUUGAUUCACAUAUAUAUAUAACAGUCAUAAAUGGAUUAUUUUUUUUUCUGAAAGAAAUUCGAGCAAGGUAGAUGAUAAGUAAAACAAUCCAGAGGACAUAUUCCCCGAUGAGUAUCCAAAUUAUUUCAAGGUGUGAAUGCCAGUGGACAAAGACUUUCAAACGAAUUUGAAAUCAGAAGAAAAAAAUUGUGUAUUUAAAAAAAAAAAAAAGUGCUACUGUAUUGCAAUGUCUAUUUUAUUUGUUUGGGGAU